CACUGAAAACGGACAAAGCAGUUUGUCCCACAUGAAACUAUGGCAGGACAGAGAUAUCUAUCAAGAAAAAUCUCCCAAUUCUGUUUUUGCUAACCCAAGCUUCCACUCACUCACUCACUCACUUUUUCGUUUACUACCUUCUUUAUGGCUAUCACCACCAUAUGCUCGUCCCCAGCCCACUCCCCAACUCUUCCAGCCAUUUCAUCACUCAAAACCCACCACCCUUUCCCCCACUUAACUGUUUCCUCGUCUUUUUCCACCAAGUUUGGCUCAAACUUAGUCUCCAACGAUGCAUUAGCCAUUGCUGCGGCAGCCCAGGCAGUGGCGCUAGCGCAUGCUGCCAUGCAGGCAGCCAGAGAUGCUGUGUUGGCUGCAGCUGAGACUGGAGAGGUUUGGAGUGGCAGAGAGAUUGAGAAGGGGCUGGUGAGGUAUGAGAGUGGCUGUGGAGUGAGAAGGAGGAAAAGAAGAAAAGGGUUGGAGGGAAAAAAUGGUGUAGGGUCAAGAAGUUCGCGUGGGUCUGUGAAGUCCAGGAAUUUGAGCUCAAGAGAGGAGGCAGAGCUUUGUUUAUGCGUCAAGGAGGGAGCAAGACUAGAAGUGGCAAGUACAAGAAUCACCAAAGCUCAAGGGCGUCAGCCAACCUCAAAACAGCUGGCCAAGGCCAUAGGGAUGGAAAGGAGUGUAGAUAAGAUAUUGUGCGAUGGGAGAGACUCACGAGAAAGGAUUUCUCGGAGCUACCGGAGACUAGUUGUCUCCAUUGCCAAAGGUUAUCAAGGCAAAGGAUUAAGCUUCCGAGACCUCAUUCAGGAAGGGAGCAUUGGCCUCCUUAGAGGGGUUGAGAAAUUCGAACCAGAAAGAGGAUACAGACUCUCAACAUAUGUGUACUGGUGGAUUAAACAAGCUAUUAUCAAAGCCAUAGCAAAUGAAUCUAGAAUAGUGAGAUUGCCGGGACACAUGUGCAGGAUGGUGGCAAGAACUGCAGAAGCUAGAAACCUCUUGAGUAAAAAAUUGGGGCGGCUGCCUACUCAUGAUGAAAUUGCUGAAGUGCUCAAUGUGCAUAUUUCGAUUGUGAGACUUGUUUCUGAGAGGAACAGGCCACCGAUUUCACUGGAUCGAGCAAUAACUGAUCAGGGCAGCAUAACUCUCCAGGAGAUUAUAUCAGGACCAGAUGAAACAACGCCGGAAAAGAUGGUAAAGAAACAGCUAAUGAAACAAGAGCUGGAGAAACUUCUCACAUCACUUGAUAAACGAGAAGAACAUAUAUUGAGAUUACACUUUGGGCUCAAUGGAGAGCCACCCCGGUCCUGUGAGGAGAUAGGAAGAAUGUUAAAGCUUUCGAGAGAGAGGAUCCGACAGAUCAAUGGCAUCGCUUUAUCAAAGUUACGACAGACAAGUGUUGUAGACAUUCUAGAAUUGUAUUUUGUAUAGAUGUUCUUGCAUUGAUUAACAGAAUCAGAAGAUAGAGGGAAAAAAGAAUAUAAUAUGAUGAUUUAGAAUUGUACAUUUAGACUGUAUCAUAUUUUUUAAGCUGUAAUAAACCAACGCACAGGAAUUCUCAUAUUCCAAUGUCAAAUCAUUUUGGCUACUU